ACUUCCGGCGCUGCGGGGCGGGGCCGCGAGGAGCCGCUCCUGACUCGGAGUGCUUUCCUGGAGCUCCUGGGUUCCACGGACGGCAAUCCCCGCGUGGCCCGUGGGAUUCCCUCGCUGAGUCCUUAAUAGUCUGUCCCCUACCCUACACCCCACCCUCGCCUGCACCGCUGGGGAGUUUCGGGUUAGGUAGACUUCCUUGCAUGUCCUGUGCUUUUAAGCCCCAGGAGCCCAAACUUUAAAAUAAAGAGAAAACGAUGAAGAGGUUAAAGCUUAAGGAACUAGAGAGUCGCCUGCAAGAAGUGGAUGGAUUCGAAAAGCCCAAGUUACUUCUAGAACAGUAUCCUACCAGGCCGCACAUUGCAGCAUGCAUGCUUUAUACAAUUCAUAAUACAUAUGACGACAUUGAAAAUAAAGCAGUUGCAGAUCUAGGAUGUGGUUGUGGAGUACUUAGCAUUGGAGCUGCAAUGUUAGGAGCCGGGUUGUGUAUUGGAUUUGACAUAGAUGAAGAUGCACUGGAAAUCUUUACUAAGAAUGUGGAGGAGUUUGAGUUAACAAAUGUUGAUAUGAUUCAGUGUGAUGUACACUCAUUGUCUAACAGAAUGUCCAAGUUAUUUGAUACAGUGAUUAUGAAUCCUCCUUUUGGGACCAAAAAUAAUAAAGGGACAGAUAUGGCUUUUCUGAAGACUGCUUUGGGAAUAGCAAGAAGAGCAGUGUAUUCUUUACACAAGUCCUCAACUAGAGAACAUAUUCAAAAGAAAGCUGCCGAAUGGAAAGUCAAGAUAGAAAUUAUUGCAGAGCUUCGAUAUGACCUACCAGCAUUAUACAACUUUCAUAAAAAGAAAUCUGUGGACAUUGAAGUGGACCUAAUUCGCUUUUCUUUUUAAAAGCUUCUGAAGACAAAAAGCAGCUUAAAAUCUAACUAAGGAAUAAAAACACUGCUUACUAAAUAAACUACUUGUCUCUA